UGUGAACGAAAAGAGCUCCUUUCUGCGGGUCAAAUUUGUCCAACGGCGACGGCACCAACAAUACCCUCUUAAAGAGAUACAAAACGAACAGGAAUUGCUCUGCAACUUGUGUACAAGUCUUAGAGAGAGAAAGAGGAGAGGGUCGAUUGGGUCUUCAAUGGAGACGGUGUUGGAGGAGAAGUGCAGAAAAGUGAUCCUCUCUUCUCUCAUCCCUGUAGUGCGAGGGCCGGAGCUAGAGAGAGAAACAGGAGAGAGAAGGAGGGGGAGAGAUGUAUUGAUAUGCAUAGAUCACAGCCCGAACAGCAAGCACGCUUUCGAUUGGGCCAUCGUUCACUUUUGCAGGCUCGCCGACACUCUCCACUUGUUCCAUGUUGUUUCAAGUGUAAAUAACGAGGCAGUGUAUGAAGCAACGCAGGCUUUGAUGGAGAAACUCGCUUGAGAAGCCUUCCAGGUGGCCAUGGUAAAAACAUUGGCCAGGGUCGGGCAAGGGGAAGUUGGUAAAGCCAUUUGCAAAGAAGCUACAAGGAUCAAACCUGCUGCUGUAGUCAUGGGAACCAGAGGCAGAGGCCUAAUAAAGAGUGUUUUGCAGGGUAGUGUGGGCGAGUAUUGCUUCCAUAACUGCAAAUCAGCACCAAUUAUAAUUGUCCUUGGGAAAGGUGCUGGAGAGUUAUCUAUUUGAUAAAAAUAAGCUUGACUAUAUUUAAGGGUAUUUUGGGUAUUAGAUUUAAAUAUAAAAGACAUUUUGGGAAAGUUAUGUUAAGGGUAAUUUUGAAAUGAUGUAAAAAAAUUAUGUAGAGUUCCAAGAUCACAAUUCCAAGAUUAAGAGAGAGUAAUUCCAAGAUUGAGAGAAAAGAGUUCCAAGAUUGAGAAAAAGGAGUCCAAAGAAUGCAAUAAUGUAUGCAAACUUGAAUUGGAAAUGAGUGAAGUCUAGAAUUUUUUUGAAUAAUCUUGUAAUUUCGUCCAAGCAUAUAGGUUGUAAGUUAUGAGAGGGAAAUCAUCACAAGAAUAGUGUAGAAAGAGUCUAGAAAGCUCCUAAGUGGUAUAUAUAUAUAUGUACUAUAUUUUUGUAAAGAAAUUGUGUUGAAUAGA